AUUCCGCCGCGCGCCGCGCCGCCGCUCGCACGUCAGUCCGCGCGCGCGGGCCAUGGUCGCGAGAACCGAUGAGAGCAUGUUCGGGUGCUAUGGUGACAGCUACUCGUACCGCCUGUGGAGCCUGGCCAACGUGUGGGGCGCCUGCCGAUGUGAGUAGCGCGCCGGUGCCGCAGAACCGAGACUCGACCCCGCUGACGUCAGCGGAGGCUGUGAUAUCUCCGUGUAGUAGAUAGAUAACGCAGUGUCCACGCGAAGUGCGUAUCGCGGGUAGUGUGUGAACAGAGGUGUCGCUCCAUGAAAGUGCAGAGCCCUCUUAUGGGAGUUGGCGGUUUGUACGAAUGCUUGGCGGCCGGUUGGCUUGCGGACAUGAGGAGUAAGCAAGUCCCGACAUCCACCACCUCCGCCAGGCGGCUCGCGGCCUUAAUCCGCCCUCUCGCGGGCGAGAGCAAGCCCCCGGACGAUGAGGAGGACCGCGGUUCCCCGCUGGGCCCGGGCGGGCCGUUCUCCUGCAGCCAGUGCCGCGGCGCCUACCCCACGAGAGAGCAGCUUGAGCGCCACGAGACCCUGCACUCGCCCAACACUCAGGUGGAUACUGUCAAAUAUGCCUGCAAAAUCUGCCACAAAAGCUUCGCAAAUGUAUACCGACUGCAGCGGCAUAUGAUAAGCCACGAUGAGAGCGCGAACCUUCGCAAGUUCAAAUGCAACGACUGCGACAAAGCCUUUAAGUUUAAGCACCAUUUGAAAGAGCACCUCCGCAUACAUUCCGGAGAGAAGCCAUUUGAAUGUGCCAACUGCGGAAAGAAAUUCUCGCAUUCCGGCUCUUACUCUUCGCACAUGACUUCUAAGAAGUGUUUGGUUAUGAAUCUCAAGAUGGGCCGCAUCAAGCCUAAUAACCCCGCACUUAACCCUGACAGAAGCCCUUCACGCAAGCGCGCCAACGCAAUGGCUAGCCAAUUAAAUAAUAACAUCGCCCCUAAUGGAAGCUCCUUCCUACCAAUCCUUCCCAAAUACAACGAGGCAGCGUUCUUUGCCAACAUGUCACAAGACAACGGCUUCCAUCGCUCGCCGCUCGGCAGAAUGCCAUUCUACAUGCCUCCCGGUAUGCCCAUGAGCCCAGCGAAUGGCAUCGCCCCUUACAGCUUCCCGGCGCCACUUACCCAGUUACUUGAGCAACUCGCGUCAUCGCAAUACUACCAAAGUAAAAUAGAAAAUCCUAUGAGCCCGAAACGGAGCCCCCAUCCAACGGAUCCCGAGGACAUGAUCGAAGAAGUGACUGAAGAAGACGAUAAGCGCUCAGAGGGAAGCGCUGAACUAGUUAUGGACAUCGAAGAUGAAGAGGCAGUCUCUAUUAAAAAAGAACGUGAGGAACGAGAAUGUGAUCUGAGAUCACCCACUCGUAACUUAGAUACCGUCCCCUUAAACAAUAAUGGCCCGGAAGCCGACAACAACCAAUCUUUCAACACGAUAUUAGAAUCCGUUAGCGCAUCAGUAACUAAACAUUUCUUCAGAGCUAAUAUGGAAAAGAUGUCUCCUAUGUCGGGGAGCGUUUGCCCGAGCAUAGAGUCGCCGCCGACCCCGCACGUCAUCAUCAAAGACGAGCCCGACGAUUUACACAAAUGUUUAAAAUGCAACGCUAUUUUCAGAAAUAAAAGCGAUUUAUUAGACCACGAGAAGGCGUACUGUGGAAAUUUAUUGACAUUUAGAAAGCACGAGGGAUUGGCGGCACAGGUUGAAGAAACGGUAGCGCUCAAUAGACUAGAAGCUGAAAUGCGGGCAUCCGUCCAAAGCGGAGUCAGUGCCAGCGAGGACGAAGAUUUCACAAGGGAAGGCCGCGACGAGAAAAACUCCACUCAUGAUGACGCCCGGAAAAUCAGAGUUCGAACCAACUUAACCGAUGAGCAGCAGGCGAUUCUGAAACAACACUACGCUAUUAACCCUCAACCAAAACGCGAGGAAUUCAAAAAGAUCGCUCAAGAAAUCGGUCUUCAUAAUAGAGUAGUGCAAGUCUGGUUCCAAAAUAACAGGGCGAGGGUUCGAAGAAUGACACAGACCGUAGCAGUGUACGACCAGCCAUUAGAUCUGUCGACCAAAAAGAGCGCGUCAGUGACGUCGAGUCCAUCGCCGUCGCCCUGCAGCAUUUCCGUCACACAUUCCGACUCCGAGGAAGCGGUCAACCUGAGCCAGAAAUCCUCGCGCAGCACGACGCCCCACCGCAACAACUACUUGAACACGUACCCACAUUCCAAUUGUUCUUCAUCGUCCUUCACAGACUUCCGCCUGUCGCCGUCGCCGGGGGAGUUAGGAGCCCAGAAACGGCCUCUAGCUCAGAAACUAAACCCUACAAUACCGAUGGACAAGCUGUUACAAUACAACGACAUGGCGAAUACCCGGUCGCCUAUCCUUAAUAUGCACAUGGACGGGCGCGCGCCUGGGCUAAGUCCGUCGUACGAGCGACCGCUGUGGGGAGAGGAGAUGCUUGCCCAUAACGACUAUGACGACGAAGGGCCGGUACUUAAGAAGAAUAAGCUGAAGAUGGAGUUUAAGGAGGGCGAGGGCCAGUUCGUAUGCGACCAGUGCGACAAGACCUUCGUUAAACAGAGCUCGCUCGCGCGGCACAAGUACGAACACUCAGGUCAGCGACCGUACAAGUGCGUGGAGUGUCCGAAAGCCUUCAAACACAAGCACCAUCUGACGGAGCAUAAGCGGCUGCACACCGGCGAGAAGCCGUUCCAGUGCUGCAAGUGCCUCAAGAAGUUCUCGCACUCCGGCUCCUACUCCCAGCACAUGAACCACCGCUUCGCCAUUUGCAAACCCUACCGGGACUAGGUCUCGCAACUCUCAACCACGCUGCUUACUUAAUUCACCUCACAGCGUGAUGCCAUACUGCAUAAUAAUCAUAAUACUCAAGUAUUCGUCGCCCGGUAUUUUCGUUUCGAAGUUAAUUAAUAUUGCUCAACGUCAUAUUUUUAUACGGUAGAGUUCGAAUCCCCUAUUUAUAUUGUAUAGUGCCAAAUAUACCAAAGGAAUGUGCCAUGCUAAUGCCAAAAAAUUUUAUCGCGUUAACAUUUUAACUCUUUAAAAUUAUACUAUAGUUUUAUGUGCCAAAUACCAAAGGCCGGUACCUGUAGCAUAAUACUCGAUAAAUGUAAUGUUGUUCUUCUUUAUAUUUAUUAUAUUAUUGCCAUAUAUAAAUAUGUAAUAAGCUAGAUGUUCUGUUUAAAGUUUAUUUGUAGGAUCGCGACGCGAACGCAGGCCCGCGGCCCACGCCGCUGCCCAUGUGAUGACAAUAUUCUAGAGUUAUAACACUAAUAUUCAUUAUUUUCCUCGUAUUACCACUACUAUGUAUAUAACUAAACAAUAUACGUACAACAGAGUACCUACGUGUCGCGAAAACUGUUGACCGACAGCCGACGAAGGCACUAACUAAGGCCUGGGCGUCUAAUAGGCCUAAAGCCUACCCUGUUACGAAAAUAAAUUUUAUAAACAAUAGUUUAAGGUUCUCGUAAUACUUUAGAUAGAUUCAAUCUUAAAUAAGUCUUAAGCAUUCCAUAAUACUCCUAUGGGAUCUCUGCUGUGUUUAAAAAACUCUUUCGAUUAGUCCAAAGAUUAGCAUGUAACGUGUAAAUAAUUCGUGUUGUAAAUAUUGUAAGAGUUAUCUGUACAUAUGCUCGCUUGCUCUCUUAAGUCCGUUUGUGGCUUCUCCUGCCGCAUCUGACACAAUGAAUAUGGUGACAAUAAUAAACGAUUUCGAUUAUUAAAUAUACUAUAAUUAAACUCUACCUAUUCUUAAACUCUGAUAAGGUUUCACAACGAUUUUACUCAGUAAACUAAUUCAAGGUUCUGUCUUCACUACCUCCGUAGCGCCGUUUAAUUUAUUUUAAUACUGCGGUAAAAUAUAUUUGGAUAAUAAUUUAAUGUAGUUAUUAAUGAGAUUUACAAUUAAACCAAAACCGCCAUUUUGAAAUGUACUUAAUUAAGUUUUAUUUCACUUAUUAAGUGCUUUAAGAACCGAAUUCUAAAAACCCGACCAAGUGCGAGUCGGACUCGCGCACGAAGGGUUCCGUACCAUUACGCAAAAAACGGCAAAAAAAUCACGUCUGUUGUAUGGGAGCCCUACUUAAAUAUUUAUUUUAUUCUGUUUUUAGUAUUUGUUGUUAUAUAGCGGCAACAGAAAUACAUCAUCUUCAUCAAUUUUAAUAUGACGGUUCAUGAGAUACAGCCUGGUGACAGACAGUCGGACAGACAGACAGACAGACGGACAGUGGAGUCUCAGUAAUAGAGUCCCGUUUUUACCCUUUGGGUAUGAAACCCUAAAAAUGAUCACCCUACAGCAGUAUAAUAGAACAGAAAGUUCCUAAGCAAAAAACAUUAAAUUAGAGAUAUUUAGAAACCUAAUAAUUAUUUCUAUAUGUUCUAAUAUAGUAAGUAGACUCAAUUUUUCUGAAAGGUUUCAAAGCAACGAAUUACAAUAAUGAAUAACGAACAGUAUAUAGUUACUUUAUACUUUAGUAUUUACCUACAUUAGAAAUUAUCACAGUAUUUGAACACCAUCAAAAUUCAUGAAACAUUGGAGCCACAACAUUGUUAUUAAAAACAGUAUUUUAACCCCAGGCAAUGUUGAUAAGACAUCUUUAUCAUUUUAUUGAUGUAACUAUGGUACUAAUAAUCAAAGAUCAAUUAUGAUAGGUACAUUUUGAAUUUUUUUUGAGCAAAGUGUACCUGUUUUAAUUGAUUUUCAAUGUACUUCAAAAUGUUAAACAAUUUCACGGUUUAGACUCACUUGUUUUAGUCACUCGCGCGACAUGUUUCGAAGAGCCUAGGUCUCCUUUCCCGGCUUUCUCGGCGCGCGCGCAGUUAGCGACGCGGUGUGCUACAGUACGCAAUACAUGGUCGUCGUGAACACUGCUCACACUAUUAGUGCUUGAGAAAAGAGACCUAGGCUCUCCGAAACAUGUCGCGCGAGUGACUAAAACAAGUGAGUCUAAACCGUGAAAUAAUUUAAUGUUAGUAUGUCUCACAACAGUUUAAAUUAGAUUACUUCAAAAUGUGUUAAAUUAAAUAAAGCCCGUUUGAAAGAUUUCAUGUUUUAUCAUACCUAAUUCUAGUUUAGUUUUAUGUAAUUAUAAUUUGACGUUGGAGAAGUGAUUUCCAAAUCACCUGGUGGGCUAGGGAAACCAAAGAUUAGUUACGUGUUAGCUCGAUGCGGACUUGUACCAUAUAGAAUCCCAUCACAUUUAGUUUUUAUAGUUAGUUUUAGUUUUGUGCCAAAAAUAUUUAAGACUUAAAAUAAUUUUAUACAUAAAGUUGUAAGUGAAAUUUUAUUUUUACAUGGAAUGGCAUAUGUACUGUGGCAAUGUUUACUAAUUGUGCAAUCAUUAUUGCGACAAAAGUAUUUCUUCCUUUGUGAGUCCACAAUAGGUUUAGUGGUAAUGAUAAGCCAAUGUGAAUUCCUAUUGCCAUAUUGUGUUUGUUGUAUUGUAUGUAUGGAUGUAUGGGAGCGAGAGCUCAGGCCGGUUGCCGAUCAUUUGUUAAUAAUAAGUACCUACUCUAGAUUGUUAAACUUACCCAUAGAUUAACAUGUGUUAAAAUAUUACCUAUAUAAAUUAUAGUAAUUCAUUUUACUUGAUAUUAUAAUGUAUAUUGAAUUUAUGAAUAUUAAAAUUAUAUAUAUUGACAA